AUAAGUGUAUACCCCACUGAAACAUGUUCUUCCCCUUGGACUUUCGCUUCCUCCAUUAUGUCUUCACAUUAGUCAGUUCCCACUGUCGCCAUUGAGGUAACUGUUGUAGUCAAGAAAAGACUAACUUUGAACAACCAUGAGGCAGGUGGGAAUAAUAGUUUGCUUGUAUACUGUACUUCUUGAAACAAGAAAAGGAAUGUGCACCACUUCAAGUUGUAAUAUAUCUGAGUUUAAUGCAACUUCUUACGAGAACUUCACAGAAAAUGCCGAUGUGACUAUGAGGCUACAGGUAAACACCAGCGACCUGAAGACAUCUGAAUAUCGCAUUGACAUCAAGAUUUGUGUCAACGGCAGUCUUGAGACCGUCUGCGACUGUGCAUCGAUGCCCAACUUUAGAAUUGUUUGCAGAGGUCUCAAUGGACACAAUGUUGCUUGCUUCCAAGAUGGCUUCAAUAGUUUCAAGCUUAAUUUAUCAGUCAGAAGACAGUACACCGACAUCGUGUGGGAAAAGUUUGUACAGAACACGGCCUCUGUCGUCCUGAAACACACAAAGAUGCAAGUCCUCUAUGCCCCAGGCAUAGAAAGCCUGCAAGUGGAUACAAAGAAUGUGACAGAAAAAGAUCAUCUAGUUGACAAAGGUCAGAAAGUCACAAUCACUUGUUCAUUUGACCCUGGUAAUCCACCAGACAUUUUUCAUCUCUUGAGAAAUGGAGACCAAAUAUUAAGCUCCAGUCAGACUGGCCAAAGAAGACUUGAUUAUAGCCUCGUCGUCGACGAUUGCUCUGAAGUGUGGCCGAUGAUCAGGUGUCAAGCUGAGGGCAGCAACCUUUCUCGUUCCGUGGCCAUUCUUGUCAGGUGUUCACCUCGCUUUCUAGAAGCUCCAGAUUAUGCAAAUAUUCUGGACCCACAAGUGACUUUUAGUCUCAGGAGCCACACGACCAACAUCAGUAACUGUCGAGUUGCUAAAUUUACGCCGAGGGCAGGUCGAGAGAAGAGGGUCAACUGUAGCAUCAGUGGCAGUCCUCCGGAACUACUCUUGACCCUUCCCCUCCACAACCAACCCUGGGUCGAGGAAGGAAAAUGGAAGCUGGUCAUUGAAAAUGAGCUUGGUACUUCGGAAACAAUUAUCACUCUGUCCUCCAAAAGUGUCAUAUGCCAGUCUGACCGAGAUGAAAACUUCAUUAUGAACUCUGUUGAAGUCCUGACGGUGAUAAAGUUUCAGACUAACCAUCAGUUUAACUGUGGACGCUGAGGAACUACCAGCAGCAAUGAAACUAUUUAAUACAAUAAGUUUGGUUUUGUCUGUAUAAUUGUAGCUUAGUUAACAUGUGUGUAUGUAAAUAAUAUCACUUGAACUUUACAUUGUUAUUUAGAGCAAUGCUGUUAUUUAAAAAAAUCAAAGAGCAAAUUAAACCAACUUACAAUCAAAGUCGUAUUUUUCCCAUCUGUUAAUUUUCUCAUAAACCUAUUAAUAUGUAUAGUAAAUACUUGAAAUUUUAGGCUGAAGUUCUCACAUGAAUAAAAGCAUCUUUUUUGUCUAUUUGUUGACCUGUCUGGUAGAAUGUCUGAAUUUCAGAUAAGAUGUGAACAGAACAUUGUGUGCAAAGAAACAUAGUACGUCCGUACAUCUACAAACCAAUAUAUAUAUAUAUAG